GAGACUGGAAUUUGGGUGAUGUGCCAAACCCCCUCCUUCAUUCCUGCAUGCUCCCGUGGUGUUGCCAGGCGUUGCUUCGAUUUCCUGUGUACUGCAAAUACUUUUGUGAAGAAGACCUUCCCCAGGAACCAAGUCACUUUUCCUCCCAGCGUUGACUCUCUGCAUCUGCCACUGUUCAUUUCCUUCCAACCUCUUCAGAACUGUGCCUCUUCAUCGCUCCAAGCUACAGCACAAACCAAACAACCACCGACAAAACCUUCUCACUUUCAACAUGAAGCUGUUCGCCCUGCUUGUCAACCUGCUCUUUUCCGCUGUGUUCGUCCUUGGUCAGACAGCCCUCGAUGCUCCCAUCACUGAAAACAACCCGAAGAUGGCUACCUACCAGGCAGUCUUGCAAGAGAGCCAACCUGUUCAAGGUCAGAUCACUGGUGUCUCGAAUGACAAUGGCACUGGCGUCAACUUCAACGUCAACUUCUUCGGAUUUCCUGAUGCCUCUGCCGGUCCUUUUGCAUAUCACAUCCACGAGUUUGCUGUCCCUGGCGAUGGUAACUGCACGGGCACUGGUGGUCACCUGUCUCCUUAUGGUCGUAAUGAGACACCUCCCUGCGACGCGACUCAACCUGAGACCUGCCAACCUGGUGAUCUGAGCGUCAAACACGGCGAUAUCGCCGACACUGCUCGUGAAAAGAACUUCCAAGUCACCUAUCUCGAUCUCUACGUUUCUACCGACCCCACAUCUCCAACCUUCUUCGGAAACAGAAGUGUUGUUGUGCAUGCAAGCAAUGGAACCAGACUGAACUGCGGAAAUUUUACACAACAAACUGCCACUAACGCCACGGAGACGGUGUCGGCUCCAUCACCUACAAAGACUGGCGGUGCAGAAAGUGGACUGGCGACUCUCAAUGGAGCACUCGUCUUUGCGGCAGCAGUACUUGCAAUCAGGAUGGUAUCACUCUGAUCAAGAAGCACAACAACUACCCGGAGCAAAAUGAUUGUUUCAAGCUGAACGCAUGAAUCAGGUGCUCGAGGCAUACUUACAUCACAUCCCAAGGGGCUGGAAAUGGCUAUUACAUGUACCAACACGCUCCUUUUCGAGAAUCCCGGCACAUAGCUUA